CUCAUGGCAGCCUCUCUGCUCUUUGGCGUAUUCUUCUGUGUGUUCUCCGUGGGGGUUGGGCUGUGGGUGAUCUGCAACCAUUUCGUCACUGCGCACAUCCCCGCAGGCGUCAGCCAGCCCUUGAAACUGCGGGUCCUCGACUGCCUUUUCCAGCUGUUGUUCACAUGGGGGAUGAUUUUUGAGAAACUGAGAAUCUGUUCCAUGCCCACAUUUAUCCGUUUCUUGCACGACCUGAUGCCGCUAAAGGAGGAUCCGGACGUCAUGGUCACCGACCUCCGCUUCGGAACUAUCCCAGUGAAACUCUACCAGCCCAAGGCGUCCUCCUGCACCCUCAGGCCGGGCAUCGUGUUCUACCACGGCGGCGGUGGCAUCAUAGGGAGCCUGAAAACCCACCAUAAAAUAUGCUGUCGUUUGUCCAAGGAGAGUGGCUCCGUGGUUCUAUCAGUUGGAUACCGCAUGGUGCCCCAGCAUAAGUCUCCGACGCUGGUAAAAGACUGCAUCGCGGCCACCAUCCACUUCCUGAAGUCUCUCGAUAAGUACAGUGUGGAUCCAGCCCGGGUUGUGGUCGCUGGUGAAAGUGCAGGAGGGGGCAUCGCAGCGAUCAUUUGCCAACAAAUUAUGGACCACCCAGAUCUCCCAAAGAUCCGUGCUCAAAUCCUGAUCUACGCUGUCCUCCAACUCAUGGAUUUCCAACUCCCUUCUUCUCAGCAGAACAAGAACGUCCCACUGCUCCGUGAGGAUUUUAUCUUCUACUGUUGUCUUAAUUACUUGGACAUUAAUUCUUCCUGGAGAAGCACCAUCCUGAAACGCGCCCAUUUGCCUGCCAAAGUCUGGGAAAAGUAUGAAAAGUGGUUGGGCCCAGAAAACAUCCCGGAGAGGUUUAAGAAGAGAGGCUACCGGCAGGUGUCCCCGGCGCCCCUGAAUGAGGCUGCCUAUCUGGAGACAAAUGUCGUUUUGGACGUGAUGAACUCGCCCCUGAUUGCAGAAGAUGAAGUGAUGUCUCAGCUCCCGGAAGCUUGCAUUGUGAGCUGUGAGUAUGACUUUCUGCGGGACGAUUCACUCUUGUACAAGAAGAGGCUGGAGGACUCGGGAGUCUCCGUGACUUGGUACCACGUGGAGGAUGGUUUUCAUGGCGUGUUUAACACCCUCGAUAUGGGAUACUUUCAGUUCCCCUCCUCCACAAAGAUUCUGAAUGCCAUAGUCGAUUUCCUAAAGAAGUUGUGA